CAAUGGUUCAUUUCAUUUAAGCUUGGCUACCCCUAAAGUCCCAGGAAGUCCGAGCCAACUCCAAAUGCGUUCAUUAGCAUGGAUACUGCCGUGUUUCGUCGCUUUACAAUGCCUUGUUAUGAUAGAGGUCAACAAACAUGUGCCGGAUGACUACAUGGACGAGGUGUUCCACGGCCCCCAGUCCCGCCACUACUGCCAUGGCGCCUUUGAGGUGUGGCACCCCAAAAUUACCACCUUCCCCGGCAUCUAUUACCUGGCCACCGUCUACGGCUGGUGCCGCUGGGCAGUGCAGGCGGCGCUGCUCAAACAGCCCCUGGACAUGGACGCCGCCUGCGCCACGCCCUACCUGCGCACCCUCAAUGUGGUCCUCUCCGUGGCGUGCCUGCUGGUGCUCCGGGCCAUCCUCCUGCAGCUCCAACAACAACAACAACACCCACAACAAACGCAACAAACACAACAAACGCAACACCAACAGAAGCAGCCCCAGCAACAACAACAAGGACAGCGGCUUCAGUCGCGGUCUCAUGGCGCGGCGCGGCCCGCCUCUGCGCCCGUGUCGGCCUCCCUGCACGCGGCGCUGCUGGCGCUGUACCCGCUGCACUGGUUCUUCUCCUUCCUGCUGUACACAGAUGUGGCGUCACUGCUGGGGCUGCUGCUGGCGCACCUGGCGGCACUCCGGCGGCAUUACCUACUGGCGGCACUGGCGGGCGGCGCGGCAGUUCUAUGCCGCCAGACCAACGCCGUGUGGGCGGCCUUCGUGCUGGGGGAGGCGGCGCUGAGGGAGCUAGGCCUGGCGACGGCAGUAGCACUGCCUUGCGGCAGCAAUAGCAGCGCUGCGGCGGCAGCAGUAGGCGGGGCCGGCAGCAGCACAGCUGUUGCGGAGAAGGAGGCCGCGCUGGCCACAGCCGAGGUGGCGGAGGCGGAGGCGGGGCUUGUGGGGGAGCUGAAAGUGGCGGCGGCUCGGGCGUGGCGGCGGCGGGGUCAGCUGGUGGCGGCGCUGUGGCCGUUGCUACUGCCACCAGCGGGCUUCGUCGCGUUCCUGAUUAGGAACGGCGGCUCAGUGGUUCUUGGGGACAAGGAGGCACACAAGCCGGUGAGGCACGGCGCGCAGCUGCUGUACUUUGCGGGGUGGUCGGCUUUAAUGCUGUGGCCGCAGCUGUGGCCGGCGGCGGGAGCCCUGGCGGCGGCGGCGCGGCGGCGGCCGCUGUUGGCGGGCGUUACGGCGGCGGCGGGGCUGGCGGCGGCGGCGGGAGUGGUGCACGUGUCCACGCUGGUACACCCGUACAUGCUCGCCGACAACAGGCACUACGUGUUCUACCUGUGGCGGCGGCUCAUCAACCGCCAUCGCCUGGCGCGGUACGCGCUGGCGCCCGCCUACGUCGCCGCCUGCGCGCUGCUGGUGGCGGCGGCGCGGCGGCGGGUGUCGCGGCUGUGGCUGGCGGGCUUCGCCGUGUGCCUGGUGGCGCAGCUGCUGCCGGCGUGGCUGCUGGAGCUCAGGUACUUCACCCCCGGCUUCUUCCUGCUGGCGCUGCACCUGCCGCCGCCCAGCCCGCGGCAGGCGGCGGGCCUGGCCGCCACCUACCUGGCGGUGGACGGUGCCAGCGCGGCGCUGUUCCUGUACCGGCCCUACACCUUCGCGGACGGCAGCGUGGCGCGGUUCCUGUGGUGAUGGCGCAUGGCGGAGGGGGGUUGGUCGUGUGGUGAAGGUGGAGGAGGAGGAGAAGGCGAGGCAGAGCUGGGAGAGCGUGUGCUGGGAGGCAGCGCGUGUGCGUGUGUGUGUGUGUGUGUGUGUGUGUGUGUGUGUGUGUGUGUGUGUGUGUGUGUGUGUGUGAGGGGGAGUGGGCAUGGGGCAGGGGGCCAGGGCGUGGUGGUUGGUGGGUGCUGCAGGUUUGGCCGUUGGUGGGGCUUCGAGGGGCAGGGGCAGGGGCUUUCAGGUUGAAGGCUGGCUGGAGCGGGCUGACAGGCUGUAGGGCGUGAUCGGAUUGGAGAUGAUGAUGUGCCGAGGCGGUGCCGAGUUGAUACAGUGCCCUUCACGGGUGCGACAUGCCACUACGGUAAUAGGGCCAUCCGUGGCGCUCGCCAACGCCGCGUCCCCACACGCGGAAGCAAUGUGUUGAGUUUGCGCCUAGGACAGACGACCACUCAGGACGGUGUAAGUGGGCUAGCGC